ACAAUACACACACACCACUCAUUCUUCACCACACACACAGCACACACUGAGAUAAUUCAAGAAAGAAGAGAAAAAAAACACACACACAACACACAUUGCAGAAAUGGGAGAGGAAAUGAGGAAUAAGCAGAUUGUACUAAGCAACUACGUGAAGGGAUCUCUUAGAGAAUCCAACAUGUCUUUGAAGGAAUCCACCAUCUCCUCGGAGAUCCCAAACGGCGCCGUUUUGGUCAAGAAUCUCUACUUGUCGUGUGACCCUUACUUGAUUGGUCGCAUGAAAAAUAUUGAAGGCUAUUUUGCUGGCCCUUUCAAACUUGGCUAUCCUAUUUCUGGAUAUGGAGUGUCGAAAGUGUUGAAUUCUUCACACACCGAUUACAAGAAGGGUGACCUGAUUUGGGGGAUCGUCGGUUGGGAGGAGUACACUCUCAUUAAGGAUCUCACCGGUGUGUUCAAAAUUAAUGACACCGAUGUGCCUCUCUCCUACUAUACUGGACUUCUCGGUAUGGCGGGCAUGACAGCGUAUGCUGGAUUUUUCGAGCUUUGCGCUCCCAAAAAGGGGGAGACUGUUUUCAUCUCGGCUGCCUCCGGGGCAGUCGGGCAGCUUGUCGGUCAGUUCGCCAAGCUGACCGGAUGUUAUGUUGUUGGAAGUGCAGGGAGCAAAGAAAAGGUUGAUCUAUUAAAGAACAAAUUUGGGUUUGAUGAGGCAUUUAAUUACAAAGAAGAGCAAGACUAUAAUGCAGCUUUGAAGAGGUAUUUUCCCGAUGGCAUCGAUAUCUACUUCGAGAACGUGGGAGGGAAGCUUCUAGAAGCAGUGUUGAACAACAUGAGACUUCAUGGGCGCAUAGCAGUGUGUGGUUUGAUCUCUCAGUAUGAGCUCGAGGAGCCAGAAGGCGUGCACAACUUGUUUAACCUAAUAUCGAAACGGAUUCGUAUGGAAGGAUUUCUUGUUUUCGACUACUACCAUUUGUACCCCAAGUUUCUUGAGAUGGUUCUACCUCUUAUCAAGGAAGACAAAAUCACUUAUGUUGAAGACGUGGCCGAGGGCCUCGAGAGUGCACCCAGUGCUCUCGUAGGCCUUUUCUCCGGCCGCAAUGUCGGGAAGCAGGUCGUUGUAGUUGCUCGUGAGUAGGUGCUUGUAGUGAGUGUUGCUAUGUGUUUUGCUAUGUUUUCAAAUAUGUUAUGGUUUGUGUAAUGAGAAUUAACUUCUUCCAAAAACGGAAAGGAAAAAAUGUGACAUCUUUUAUGGAA